AUGUGUCAGUCAGCGCUCUGGAAGUACGGCGGCCUCUACCUCGACCUCGACAUCAUUACCUUCAGGGACGUGGGAGGGCUGGAGAACUUCGUCGCGCUGGAGAGGGACGACUCACUGAACAACGCGGUGCUGCACCUGUCGCCGCGUGGACUGGGGCACGAGCUGGCCAGUGAUCUGCUGGACCGCCUGGGCAGCGACUUCCGCGGCGACUCCUGGAACUACAACGGGCCGAAGCUGCUCAACAGGGCCCUGCUCGCCAGGUGCAACGUCACCCAGCCACGGGAGAUGAGGAAGGACCGGUGCCAGGGCUUCACGGUGCUGGGCAUCCCCGCCUUCUACCCGCUGUCGUACGAGCAGUGGUGGUGGGUGUUCGAGGAGGCCCGCGCUCAGGACGUGUGGCGGGCCAUCAGCGGCAGCUACGGCCUGCACACGUGGGGCAGCCUGAGCUCCGCGCGCCACGGGGUCGUCAGCAACAGGGCGGCGUUCUCGCAGUUGGUGCAGCGCUACUGCCCCAGGGUGUUCAACUACAGUGCCAGGGUCCUCUGA